CACACAUGUAGCCUACAUACGCUCAGUUAGACCAGCAGCCAUUCAUGUUGUUGGACUACUGCUGUCGAUGUUGUGGAUUCACACUCAUAAAACGCCAUGGACCCGUCUCCCUCAAGACCACACCCAGCGACACCUGGGUCGUCCUGCAGAAUCUGUUGAUGUGCAUGGUGUGCUUCUACUCUCUCUACUACAUCGUGGUCAGUCUCUGCAUCGGACUUCUCAGGGUUCACGAGAUCAACAGCUUGUUGGCGCCAUUCGACUACACAACACAACCGUCAUGGCAGAACCCCAAAUACCUCGUGGGUGUAAUUUCCACAGAAGUGACCUAUGUUUUAGGAGGGCUGGUCUUCGCCUGGAUUGUAGAGGAGUGGGUCUGGGAUUACGCCAUAACUGUCACAUUGCUGCAUGUCGCAAUGACUGUAGCAGUGAUGUCAGACUUCCCUUCAGCUGAGCACUGGUGGAUCGCUCUGGGUUCAGGCCUGGUGAUGAUGAUAUUUGGGGGGCAGCUCCUGGCCUAUAAACUCUUCAGGAACAACUUUGUGUAUCCAGCUGAACUGCAGAACUUCUAAUGAACACAAUAAGGAAAUCUUUUAACUAGCUUACUGGUUAAUCUCAGCCCUGCAUGCAUACCAAUGGGUUCACUUUGCAAAGAUUGUACUGCCAGGUUCAUGUUAACAUUGCUACUGCAACAACUACAGUGUGUGAAUCAAUAACUUCUUAUUGUCAGAUAACUCCUUGUGCAAAUAGCACAUAUCCUUGAUUUAACAGUGUUUUUUUGUAACAUAUUCUGUACAGUUUGAAUAUUGUUUUGUAUUUUUUAUUUAUUAAAUUCAUACUAUGAACAAAAUGUAUUGGCAGAAAUUACAUAUUUAGCAUUCUGUAAAACAGGUGGAAAAUAUUUACCACCAGCAAAUAUACCGACUUAUUUUUUUUCAUUUCAGCUGUUGUAUUUGUAUUGUAUUGUAUUGUAAUAUUUAAAAUAUAGCAAUAAAUAAUCAUUUAGAAAUGUAUAUAUUAGUUAGUCCAUUGGAUUUACAUUAAAUAUUUCAUGCAAAACGUUGGGGUACAUCCUGCAUCAUAUCUGACAGUAAUUGUGUAGUAGUAAUAGGGUGGACAUGGAGUUAUUGGCAGGCCAGAAAUAAUUACUUAUCACUGUGAUCCUGAAUCAGGGUUGCCAGGUCUCGAGUUUUCCAAUGGAACUGGGCGACUUUUGAAAUUAUGCCAUGAUUUCAAUGUUUUUCUGUCUGCUUGGUUGGCUAGACUUAUUUUGCUUGUAAAUUACAUAAAUAAUACAUACAUAUAAAAUCCACAUUUUAAAUUAAUAAUUUAUUUACACCCAAAUCCUGCCAAAAACAGACUGACCAGCAAACAAGCACCCACAUAAAAAUAAUGGGCUGUAAUGCUCUCUGCCGCCUGGACAAUGAUUAUGAAUUAUUACAUUUCCAUUCAAUAGUUGGUGGGUUUACGUCGCAGAGG